GAUCAUCGUCUAAUAUCAUUUUUCGCCAUUAUAUACUAAUAGAAAAGACCUUUUUUCUUGUUACUAUCACUUUAAUCUGCAAGAAAAUUUUGAUAAAUUUGGCAUGGAUUUGAUCCAAACGGUGCUGCAAAUCAUCCCGGAGAUGAACUACUGGUUGGCGGAGCAUCCGGCAGUUGUGCAUUUCCGGUGGAGUCCAACUGAGUCAUGGGGUUCAACUUGGUUUUUUCUCAUCGCCUCAAUCUCCGCCUACAUUGCCAUCUCCACGACCCUUCACGUCCUCCUCCUCCUGCUCCGUCGCCAGAAACCUGUCCCUCUAGGCCCUAUUCCGGCACUUCACAGCCUGGCCAUGGCUCUCAUCUCCGCCACCAUCUUCACCGGAAUGCUCUCCUCCUCCGUGGCAGAAAUCCGCGACACAAGGUGGUUCUGGCAGCGCUCGAAAACCCCAUUUCAGUGGCUCCUCUGCUUCCCACUAGGAACCCGCCCCUCUGGCCGAGUGUUCUUCUGGUCAUACAUUUUCUACCUCUCCCGGUUCCUCCAUAUCAUCAAAACUUUCUUCACCAUUUUACGACGCCGGAAAUUCCCAUUUCUUCAAGUCUUUAACCAUUCCAUCCUCAUCUUAAUGUCAUUUCUCUGGCUUGAAUUCUCACAAUCUUUUCAAGUUUUAACCAUUCUUUCAAUGACCCUCGUAUUUUCAUUAGUCUAUGGCUAUAGAUUUUUCACCGAAAUUGGAUUCAAUGAAAAAUCCCAUUUCCCAUUUGUAAUGUUCUGUCAGAUUAUCCUGCUUGUUACAAACUUGGCAUGGCAUAUUGGGGUUCUUGUUUUGCAUUUUUGGAAAGGUGGAUGCAAUGGGAUGGGAGCAUGGGUUUUCAACACAGUUCUUAACAGUUUCGUCCUAAUGUUUUUCUUCCAUUUCUAUGUGAAAAAGUCCGUGAACGAGAAAGACUUUAGUUCUGAGGUUGAAGCCAACGCCAUAACUUCAGAUAUAAGAAAUAAACUGGAUGUAAAAAUAAGUGAAUGGUAUAUGUAAAUGGCUCAAUACUGUAUAGGUCUGAUCCAAUGUGAAUGACACAUCAUCAGGAAUAGCUGAUUUCAACAUGUCUACUACGGUCGGACUUUUGAGUUUGCUUCAAGCCGAAGGAAGGAACCAACCAAUCGAAUCUUGUUUGAAGAAAUCACGUGGCCCGAUCAUAUGGCCAUACAAACUACUAGAGAUGUUUAAUUGUGGCAUCCUUAAGGAUACUAUUCUUUGUGGCAUUGAAGCCAAUCCAACGGACAAUAUGAAUCGGUGAACACUUGGUCCCAGGUUAGUAGGAUUGUCUUGAUUUCCUCGUCGAAAGAAACAUGAGCCAAACUCCUUUAAUGCUCCUAAAAAGAGGAAUCACCUUUGCACUUUGGACUAUUCUAAUUUUGAUGUAAAAGUUUAAACUAUCAGAAUGAGCCAACAACUUAUAGAUAGCGAUCAUGAUCUAUAUGUGUAGUGAGAAAAUUUGGGAUCUUUUGUAGUGAUUCGAGUUGGAGAGUUUGUUCUCUUUUAUAUCAUCCCCUAUUAUGUAUGGAGAAUUCAAGAUUUGAGUGUGUGGUACUAUUUUGUAUCAUCUCCCAUUAUGCAGAGAAGUUCAUCUGUCUGAGCAUAUAGGCCAAAUGUCAAACCAUGUUCCUUAUCACGUUCUUGUCGUUUGGUGUUUUGCUCAAGAACUUGAUCUGCUGACUUCUACACAAGAAAUACAAACACGAGGUCAAAACAUGUGCAAAAUUAUAGAAAUAUGUGUGGAUGGGUUGCAACAUUGUUGUCUAGAGCCGCCUUGUUUGUCCCAUUAUGUACUUGUCAAUUUUAGUCUUCAUUCAUAAAAUUUAAUCAAAUUUAAA